AUGACAACUCUUCAAUACCUUGCAGUGUUGGUACUUGGUGCCAAUGCUCUCGCUACUUGGCCACCGCAGGCUCCAGUCAAUGAGACCUGCAAUGUUGAGGGCAGCAUCAAGCCUGCAUAUGGGAACUAUGGUCUCGGGUCAAACUUUGAUAACGCAUACGGAUGCUGGGAGCUAUGCACCGAUGGACGCCGCCCACCUCGAUGCCAGUCUUUCUCGUAUCAGUCGGCCGCUAAAGAAUGCAAGCUAUUCGAUGUCCCUGUAGAAGACGGCGUGGACAAAGAGGAUGGCACGGGUGUACUCUUCUACAACAGGAACUGUUUCGUAUACACCCCACGGCCGGGAGUGAAUAUCAAAGACUAG